GUUGGCCCAGGCCAGUCUUGGCGCAGGGACGCGUAAUCCACGGCCAGGUUUGCCGCACCUCGUGAGGGAUGCCGCCGAAGAUGAAGAAGGCGAUGGCCGGGCUGGUGAUGGGCAAGGGAGCCCUCGCGGCGGCGAUCGCCGAGGCGACCGAGACCGACAAGAAGACGGCAGCCAAGGUUCUCGAGACGCUGGCGGCGAUCGCGACCCAGGAGGUGAAGAAGAACGCCAAGUUCACCAUCCCCGGGCUUGUCAUGAUCAAGACGCGCAAGAAGCCCGCGACCAAGGCCGGAAAGAGGGAGAUGUUCGGCAAGGUCUGCAUCGUGAAAGCCAAGCCGGCGAAGACUGUGGUCAAAGCGUUUGCGGCUAAGGCUCUCAAGGACGAGUUCUGAGAUGCCCGCCAGGAGCUUCACAGCAGUUCCUGCCCGUUGUGGUUGGCGAAGGUCAGCCUUCGUGGAGAAGUUGAUGGCCAGGUCGACCAAGAGCAAGUAGUGAUGGCUGUUGAGCGCUGCAUCCCGGCAUACUUGACAUGAUGAUACCAAUGGAACGCAAGAACCGUGACACAGAACGUGGUCAAUUUGUGCGAAACGAUCCGGCGUAAUAGGGUCUGUGUGCUUUGUCCCCAAGUCGCGGUAAGUUACCAACUUCUCAUUUGGGAGGUCAAAGAAAGUGUUGACAAUGACCAUGUCUGUUGCGAUACAACA